AUGGCGUGCGGCGGGGGGCCCGCCGGCCCGGCACCGCUCUGGUACCACCGGGACCUGAGCCGAGCGGCGGCGGAGGAGCUGUUGGCCAGAGCCGGCCGAGACGGCAGCUUCUUGGUGCGGGACAGCGAGAGCGUCUCGGGCGCCUACGCCCUCUGCGUGCUGUUCCAGAAGCAUGUCCACACCUACCGGAUCCUGCCAGAUGAGGAUGACUUCCUUGCGGUGCAGACGUCGCAGGGAGUCCAGGUGAGGCGCUUCAAGACCCUGAACGAGCUGAUCGCGCUCUACUUGCAGUCCAACCAGGGCCUGGUCUGCACCCUGCUCUUCGCUGUCGAGCGGGAGAAGGAGAAGGAGAAUGCUGAGGACAGGGACUACUCAGAUGGGGAGGAUGAAAAGCCCCCGUUACCGCCGCGCUCCGGCUCCACCAGCUUCUCUCCUGCCAGCCUCGGGCCAGCCACACAGGACGGGACCAUCGAGAGUGCCACCAACGGCCUCAGCACAGUCUCCCACGAGUACCUGAAGGGCAGCUACACCCUGGACUUAGAGGCUGUCAAAGCCGGGGCCAGCAGCCUGCCCCAUCUCAACAAAACCCUGGUCACCUCCUGCAAAAGGCUACACAGUGAGGUGGACAAGGUCCUGUCUGGGCUGGAGAUCCUCUCCAAGGUGUUUGACCAGCAGAGUUCUCCCGUGGUCUCCCGGAUCCUCCAGCAGACCGCUGGCCAGACGGGGGAGCAGGAGCUGGAGAGCCUGGUGCUAAAGCUGUCCGUCCUUAAGGACUUCCUGUCCGGCAUUGAGAAGAAGGCUCUGAAAGCUCUCCAGGACAUGAGCUCCACGGCCCAGCCUGCCCCGGCCCAGCCCUCCUCCCGCAAAGCCAAGAGCAUCCCCGUGCAAGCGUUCGAGGUGAAGCUGGACGUCACCUUGGGGGACCUCACCAAGAUCGGCAAGUCACAGAAGUUCACGCUGAGCGUGGAUGUGGAGGGCGGGAAGCUGGUGGUGCUGAAGAAGCAGAAGGACUCCCAGGAGGACUGGAACACGUUCACCCACGACAAGAUCCGACAGCUGAUCAAGUCCCAGCGGGUGCAGAAUAAGCUGGGGAUCGUCUUCGAGAAGGAGAAGGAUAAAACUCAGCGGAAAGAUUUCGUCUUCGUCAGCGCCAGGAAGCGGGAGGCGUUCUGCCAGCUGCUGCAGCUGAUGAAAAACAAACAUUCCAAGCAGGACGAGCCCGACAUGAUCUCCGUCUUCAUCGGCACGUGGAACAUGGGAAGCGGCUCCCCCCAAGAACAAGCACAUGCCGUAGCGUCGAAGGCCUGGAAGACGAGAACUCGAUGGGCACGAAGAGUGGCGUCCGACUGUCCUCCGGGGUGUGCUGGGAAGGAGUUCACAGAGUAUCGAGUACCCCCGAUCGCAAUGCAGGCCUUGUGGAAUAUUAAGAUUGCCGUCCUGGUGAAACCGGAGCACGAGAACCGGAUCAGCCACGUCAGCACCUCGAGUGUGAAGACCGGGAUCGCCAACACGCUGGGCAAUAAAGGGGCUGUGGGAGUCUCCUUCAUGUUCAAUGGCACCUCUUUCGGCUUCGUGAAUUGCCACCUGACCUCAGGCAACGAGAAGACGGCCAGGCGGAACCAGAACUACCUGGACAUUCUGCGCUUGCUGUCCCUGGGGGACAAGCAACUCAGCUCCUUCGACAUCUCGCUCCGCUUCACCCAUCUCUUCUGGUUCGGGGACCUCAACUACCGCCUGGACAUGGACAUCCAGGAGAUCCUCAACUACAUCAACCGCAAGGAGUUCGAGCCGCUGCUCAAGGUGGAUCAGCUCAACCUGGAGAAGGAGAAGCACAAGGUUUUCCUGCGAUUUGGCGAGGAGGAGAUCACCUUCCCCCCAACCUACCGCUAUGAGCGGGGCUCCCGCGACACCUACGUAUGGCACAAGCAGAAGCCCACUGGGGUCCGCACCAACGUCCCCUCCUGGUGUGACCGCAUCCUGUGGAAGUCGUACCCCGAGACCCACAUCAACUGCAACUCCUACGGAUGCACCGACGACAUCAUGACCAGCGACCACUCCCCUGUCUUCGGAGCCUUCGAGGUUGGAGUGACAUCCCAGUUUGUCUCCAAGAAAGGGCUCUCCAAGGCCUCAGACCAGGCCUACAUUGAGUUCGAGAGCAUCGAAGCUAUCGUGAAGACAGCCAGCCGGACCAAGUUCUUUAUCGAGUUCUACUCCACCUGCCUGGAAGAGUUCAAGAAGAGCUGCGAGAACGACAUGCAGAGCAGUGACAACAUCAACUUCCUGAAGGUUCAGUGGUCCUCGAGGCAGCUGCCCACGCUGAAACCGAUUCUGUCCGAGAUUGAGUAUCUCCAGGACCAGCACCUGCUGCUCACCGUCAAGUCCGUCGAUGGCUACGAAUCCUACGGCGAGUGCGUGAUCGCCCUGAAGUCCAUGAUCGGCAGCACCACCCAGCAGUUCCUCACCUACCUGUCCCACCGUGGGGAGGAGACGGGCAACAUCCGGGGCUCCAUGAAGGUCCGGGUCCCAGCCGAGCGGAUGAGCACCCGGGAGAGGCUCUACGAGUGGAUCAGCAUCGACAAGGACGAAACAGGAGCUGCCAAGGGGAAGCUGCUGCUGGGCUCCCGGGCCAGCCAGGAGCACGCCAAAUCCGCCGGACGGAAGCCCCUGCCAGGGGAGACGGCAGCCUGCCCCCUCGGGAAGCUGUUUGAUGAGCCGGAGAAGCCCAGCACCCUGACUGCUGGCCGCCUGCCAGCCCCACUCCGCGGCACCUCCAGGGAGGAGACCUCUCAGACCAGGUCCAUGCAGGACUCGGCCUCGGAGCCCGACGGCGGCCCCACGAAGAACAGCUUCAAUAACCCAGCCUACUACGUGCUGGAGGGGGUCCCACAUCAGCUGCUGGCCGCGGAUCCCCCCACCCCCUCCAAGGGGCCGGCCCCCAAGAACAAAGUGCAGAUCACGGUGCCCGUGCAGCCGGAGCGGCGCUGCCAGCCGCUCCCAGGCCGGGGCGAGGAGAGCUCCUCCGACGAGGACACAGGCACCCUCAACCUGCCGCCGCCCGACUUCCCACCCCCGCCCCUGCCCAAGGCUGUGGAGUUUGAGGUGUCCGAAAACCCUCUCUACGCCAGUGCCAAGGACCUAGGUGGGGCAGCUGGCAGGGAGGAGCCCGGCACUGCCAAGCCGUGGGCUGCCGUGGCCUUCAGCGACCCCUUGGAGUCCAAGCUGGCCCCACCCAAGCUACACCCCAGGCCUCCCCUCCCCCCCGGACCUGGCUUCCUGGUGGAGCCCCCGAGCGUCCCCCAGGCUCAGGGAGGCCUCCUGGACGAUCGCUCCUGCUCGGUGCUGCAGAUGGCCAAGACCCUGAGCGAGGUGGAUUAUCCAGGCAGCAAAGGAGGCAGCGGCCUGGGGCGGGGGCGGGAGCAGCAGGGCCGGCCAGCCCCACAUCUGCUCAGCAAAGGGCGGCUGGACCUGCCCCCCAGGUGCAUGCACCCCGACUACAGCCGGCCCAUCACCUUCCCGCCCCGUUCCAUCCGGGAGAGCAUCGAGGAGGACCUGGCUGAAGAGGCGCUGGGCCAGGGAGGGAGGAGCAGCUCCAGCCUGAGCGAGUGCAGCGUGGGUGAAUGGCUCCUGGCCCUCGGGCUGGAGAGGUACGAGGAGGGGCUGAUUCACAACGGCUGGGACGACCUGGAGUUCCUCAGUGACAUCACGGACGAGGACCUGGAGGAGGCCGGGGUGCUGGAUCCCAACCACAAGCGCCUCCUGCUGGAGAACCUGCUGAAGCUCAGGAAGUAGCAGGAAUCUGCGUCUCCCACACCAGGGCCUGGGUGUGCCGCUCCGUGCUUGCUCCUGUUCGCAUCCCCCGUCCCCCUCCUGCCCCCUGCUACGUCAGGAUCUCGGGGGCUUUCACUGUGCCUGCACCCGCCUCCCCCUGGCGGGAAGGGAGGGGACUCAAGGCAGCCACGAGCUGCAUCCCCAUGGGACUCUGGUUUAGUGCUGCACCUGCAGGGAGGCACCCCAGAGAUGGGGCUGUGGGUGUGGAGUGAGAAGGAGCCACCCCACGGCAACCCAGAUCCUACCUGUCCUCGCCUCCCAUGGCUUCCUGGAGGAAUCAGGCCUGAGCCAACCCAGAGCAAGGGGGCAACAGGUGGGAGGGGGCAGAGAGACGCACGUGGGCUGAGCAGUCCCACAGCUGAGGGUUGGAAGUGACCUCGGCCUGGGAGCAGGGCGCUCUGCUGCCUAAGUUAUUGCAUAUUUAUUGGACUAGGGGAAGAAAGUUUGUCUUGUUUCAUUGCCAGGCAGCCUAGGCUUGUCCAGUUUAGGCCUCUCCUCCUCCUUGGUAGAGAGUUUCCCCUUCAGCCAAGCCAGGCCCUUUCCUGCCCCCCUGCAUCCCACAGGCUCGCAGCGCUGUGGGCAGUGGCGGGCAGGGCCUCUCCCUCUUCCCCGGGCACAGGUGCCGCUGGGUUACAGUUCUCUGGGCACCAGAGAGCAACCAGGCUGAGCAAGGGGCUGGAGCGCUCUAUUGAGGGGGGUACACGAGCUGCCUAAGUGGGGACACGAGCCUGCAUCCACCCAGAGGGUGGGGAAUCAGGGACAGGCUCUGACUGGGAGUCAGAGGCUGGAAUUAACCUGGGAGGCUUGGCCCGGAGCUGAGGAGGAAUUCCCUGCCAGUGCGCUGGAUCUUUCCCCAUGGGGGUCAUGACAAAACAGCCACCCUCUGUCUCCCGCCAGGCGCCUCAGCAUCCUGGGAUACGUCCCAGCCAUGUGGUUAGCCAGGGAAGGCUGUCUUCGUCCAGAGCAGUCUCUCUGCCCGGCGCCUCUGACCCAGUGAAGAAUUGGAGCGGGCAGCGGGGUCUAGGCUCAGUGGGGGAGUAAAGACUAUCUCAGCCCUUCUGCUUGACUGUGGGAGCCCAUGGCGGGGGCAAUGGUCCCUCCACUCACUCCUGAGUCCUCCGUCCUCCUCUAGCCCCCAUUAUCUCCGCUCCUCCCCGGCUGUAGCGUAGUUAUGCCUUAGGACCCCGCUAAAGCACUCCUAGUGUAGACAGGGCCAC